AUGUAUGUGUACAUAGAUGCAUGUAUAAAAGUUGUGGACAUUGACUGGUCUGCAAAGACAAGUUAUUUUGAGUCAUCUGAGGAUUUUCAGUGUAGAUGCUGUACAGUUCUUGAUGAUGUUUUUUUUCCCCUUUUUUUUUCUUUUUCUUCUGCAGAUAUUCCUGAAAUACCAGAAAGCAUCUCAUUCUGCAAGGCACUACAGGUAGCAGAUUUCAGUGGGAAUCCUCUAACUAGGUUGCCCGAAAGCUUUCCUGAAUUACAGAAUCUAACGUGUCUUUCAGUAAAUGAUAUCUCUCUGCAAGCACUACCUGAAAACAUUGGGAAUCUUUAUAACCUGGCUUCACUGGAACUCAGAGAGAAUUUGCUGACAUAUUUACCCGAAUCACUUGCCCAGCUGCAGCGUCUAGAAGAACUUGAUUUAGGAAACAAUGAACUUUAUCACUUGCCAGAAACAAUUGGUGCACUUUUCAAUCUUAAAGACCUCUGGUUGGAUGGAAACCAAUUAGCUGAAAUACCUCAGGAAGUAGGAAACCUGAAAAACCUGCUUUGUCUGGAUGUUUCUGAAAAUAAAUUGGAAUGCCUUCCUGAAGAAAUUAAUGGUCUGACUUCUUUAACAGAUUUGCUUGUUUCUCAGAAUUUACUUCAAGUCUUACCUGAUGGCAUUGGAAAAUUGAGAAAGCUGUCAAUUUUAAAGGUUGAUCAGAACAAACUUAUUCAGCUAACAGAUUCAAUUGGAGACUGUGAAAGCCUUACUGAACUAGUUCUAACAGAAAAUCAACUGCAGAUAUUACCGAAGAGCAUUGGAAAACUGAAGAAGCUGAACAAUUUGAAUGCCGAUAGAAACAAAUUAAUAUCUUUGCCCAAAGAGAUUGGGGGAUGCUGCAGUCUUAAUGUGUUUUCUGUACGUGACAACAGAUUAUCUCGAAUUCCCUCUGAAAUUUCACAAGCCACUGAACUCCAUGUCCUGGAUGUUGCUGGAAACAGGCUGACGUAUCUUCCCUUCUCACUGACCACCUUAAAGCUGAAGGCUUUGUGGUUGUCUGAUAACCAGUCCCAACCUUUGCUGACGUUUCAGACUGACACAGACCCUGAAACAGGAGAAAAGAUCUUAACAUGUGUAUUACUUCCUCAAAUGCCUUCUGAGCCUGGUUGCCAAGAUAACCUGCCACGAUGUGGUGCGUUGGAGAGUUUGGUAAAUGAAAUGUCAGAUGAGACAUGGAAUGAACGGGCAGUGAACAGAGUCAGUGCAAUUCGCUUCUUAGAAGAUGAAAAAGAUGAAGAGGAUAAUGAAAUGAGAACACUUCUAAGGCGAGCCACUCCACACCCUGGAGAAUUAAAGAACAUGAAAAAGACAGUGGAGAAUUUACGGAAUGAUAUGAAUGCUGCUAAAGGACUGGAUUCAAACAAAAACGAGGUCAAUAAUGCCAUUGACAGAGUGACCACUUCUGUGUAGAAUUUCAUCUCCAGGUUUUUACCUCCUGUGUCUUCCCCUGCUGUUGAAAUGUUCCUGUCGUCUUCUGGGACCUCACUGAGCUCCCUUUUUGUUUUUAACCAGAGCCUGAUUCAUCGUCUCCAUAUAUGUGAAAAGUACUACCCACUGGAAGGAAGUGCCUUAUUUCAUCCAGGCAGCGAAUCAAUCAUUUCCAAAUCAAUAUUGUAAUUUUAAUAGUACUACGGUUUUUUUAAGUAUAAUACACUACUGUACGCAGAAUACAAUAUUUUUGUCAUAAACACAGGGGAAAUAAUGCUUUUCUUUUCCAGAGUGCUGGGAUAUCUUCUUCCCAGUGGCUGGAUGUGCUGGUGAGAAAUUUAGUUUUGUGGAAAAUUGAUACACUCUCUCUCUCUUCUUUUUUUUUUAAUUUUUUUGGCAGCUCAGAUGGUGUAAAUUUUAAAAUUUUGUAUAGAACUUUCAUAACAAAAUGAUGUAUUUCAUUUUUAAGAGAAAAUUUAUCUUGAGCGGUACAUAUUUUAGUAUUUGUGGAAGAGAACAAGUUUCAUGGACAACUGUAUUCAUUUGUUUGUACCACCCAUUGUGCCUUAUUGUGUCUCUUAUGUCAUUCUAGUCUUAAAAUAGCAGUUCUUGAGGAAAGUGAGUACAUUUAAACUUGGUCUCCUGUUUUAACUGUGUUUUUCUUUUCAGACAGUAAUUUGUUGAGAUUUUUACAAAAUGGAAUUUAUGUUUAUAUCAUGGGAUUUUAGUUCACAAAGCACAAAUGUUAGUUUUGUUAUAUAUGGAAUUAAGAUUAAAAUGACCCAACUGCUAUUGUUUAUUAUGUUAUGCACUCACACUUUAAUUUAGUUGUAACAGAACAACUUGUUUUGGAUGCAGUGUUGCAUUGCAGUCACUAGAAAUUCAUGCUUUUUUUUUUUUUUUUCCCCAAAUGUGCCAUCUGUAAAAAUAACUUCAAAAACAGCACGAUUUUCGGAAGCACAGUAUAAUUCUAGUUUUAUGUAUUACACAAGAAAGCAUGAUUCUUUUAAGUGCUUUGGUGGUUUUAUACAAGUUUAUAAAACCAUAAUAAUAAUAAUAAUAAUAAAAAUCUUUAAAAGCUUCAA